AAUAUACCUGAAACAUGGGAGUCCAGUUAAAAUGAUGGAGAGUUAUAUUGCUGUUCUCACAAAGGGGGUAUGCCAGAGUGAAGAAAAUGGCUCUUUUCUUAGCAAGGACUUUGAUGCCCGAAAGGCAUAUCUUGCAGGCUCCAUUAAAGACAUUGUAUCUCAGUUUGGAAUGGAAACUGUUAUCUUACACACCGCACUCAUGCUAAAGAAGAGAAUUGUUGUCUAUCAUCCCAAAAUAGAAGCUGUCCAGGAGUUUACCAGGACUCUGCCCGCUCUCGUGUGGCAUCGACAGGACUGGACCAUCCUUCAUUCUUAUGUGCACCUCGAUGCCGAUGAACUGGAAGCCCUGCAGAUGUGCACGGGUUACAUCGCCGGAUUUGUCGACUUGGAAGUGAGCAAUAGACCAGACCUCUAUGAUGUGUUUGUGAAUCUGGCAGAGAGUGAGAUUACUAUUGCUCCACUUGCAAAAGAGGCCAUGACAAUGGGCAAACUGCACAAAGAAAUUGGUCAUCUAAUUGUUCAGUCUGCGGAAGAUCCAGAGAAAUCAGACAGCCAGGUUAUACAGGAUAUUGCCCUCAAAACAAGAGAAAUCUUCACCAAGCUAGCACCGUUUUCAGAAGUUUCAGAAGAUGGAGAAAAGAGAGUCCUCAAUUUUGAGGCAUUAAAGCAAAAACGAUUUCCACCAGCAACAGAAAACUUCCUUUACCAUCUAGCAGCAGCCGAACAGAUGCUGAAAAUCUGACCAGGACAGAAUGUCUCACUGAUGACUGAUAGAAAGCCCGCCUCUCCCUCUGAUUAGCCAUUAGCUAUGUAAAAUACUGAAAAUAACAGAGAAAAUGUUCUAUUUUUAAUGAUUUAUUUGAAAGUAUUGAGAUUUGACCUGAAACACAUGAAAACACUUCUGAGUUUCUUCUAGCAGAUCAGUUUCCUGCCCGCUGUCAGUGUCGGACAAAGUGCUGUCACUACUACGUGUAACAUUGUAAAACAGCCUGAUGUCCUGGAGUAAGAGAGAAAAAGCUGUCAAGUUCUUGUGCAAAUCACAGCAAAUCUUAAAGCCUUCAUUAUUAUGUUCCCAUUUAUCACCUGUGUAGCUAUAAACUAAUGGUUUAUUUUCAGAAAGCUGCCUGAAAUUCUGCUUUGUAUUCUUCUAGGAAGAACUUUAAUUCCUUAUGAGGAAAUCUACUUUCUGAGCCAAACUACUUAAGUUUUCUGCAGAACUGUCUAGAAGAUCAUUCAAAAGACCCUGCAGUUGCACUCUUUUGUAAAAGAAAAAUUUUUUUCUUGGCCUUUGAACAUUUUGCCUGUACUAUGAAGAUUUUGAUUAGAUUUUAUACUUGAGUAGACAACUUUAAUACUCCAUAUUUAUAUUGUUACAGAAGUAAGCACCUGGCAAACUUAAGCCACUAGUACUCUUCAGUUAACCCUGUUGCUAGCAAUAUUCUUUUGAAAAAGAUGCUCGUCCUUACAUGGUAAAUGAGGGGCCCACUUUGAACAUAAAUGUCUGCAGGACUGAAACAGUGACAUCAUAAUUGGUAAGGAAUUGUGAGAAUUAACUUCUUGCAGGGACCAAAGCCAGAGAAUGUCUUCAGACAACUUUAGUAAUGUAAUUUGGCCACAUAGCAAAGUAACUGUUCUCUGUUCUGUACCAUUUUCCUAAUUAGAGACCUUAUAAUUGCCAAACAAGCAUAGAGGUCUAAGAUAUACUUGUUAUUUUAGAAAUCCUACCUGGAAACAUGCUUGCAAAAAAAACUUCUUUAUACGAUCUUUUUCUCUUUUUGGUGUUAACAUUUAUUAUACAAAAAAUAAAAAAUAGCCUUUUUCUCCUCCCUCCCUAGGUGGGGGCAGGAAAAUACCUGAAAUGAAAUGAUGUUCACUGAGGCAAACAACUGAAAAUUAAAUCUGCACUUUAUGAAAAUGCAUACUAACAUCUUUUCUCCCACCCUUUUUUUGUAUGACUGUACUGAUGCUCCUCUAUAUACGAUGGGGUUACCUAUUGAUCAACCCAUUGUAAGUUCAAGAUAUUGCAAGUCAAAAAUGCAUUUAGUACACCCAGCCUACCUUAGACAGUGAAAAUGUUUAAGAACGCUUACUUUAGCCUAUGGUUGGGCAAAAUCAUCUAGCACAAAGCCUAUUUUAUAAUACAGUGUUGACUGUCUCGUGUAACUUAUUGAAUACUGGACUGAAAGUGAAACGCAGGAUGCUGUGUGGGUGCUUGGAGGAUGGCUCCUGCUGCACACACGUCACUUCCACACCAUUGUAAAGUCAAAAUAUGGAAAGUUGAACCAUCUUAAGUCGGGGCUGUCUGUAUUAGUUAAUGAUCAAAGUCGUGGAAAUGACAAAUUUAUGAUGUAGAAAUAAAAUGAAGUAUUUUGAUACUCAACAAA